AUGCACUGUUGUAAGGUUUUUUCGUUUCGCCUCACGGCAGGCCUUCUGCAGCGGCUGCCUAUGCCGAUGCCUCCGCCGCGACCAGGAGUAAGCGUCAACAUGCAGCAUGCGGUUGAAAUAGAGGCGAAACGGCGGGUGGAGCUUGACGAGGCCACGCGCGCCCGGUACGUCGUUGUGAAGGAAGAAACUCGUGCUUCGGGGGACCGUGUCAUUGGCAUAGACCUCGGUACUACGAACAGCUGUAUUUCAUAUAUCGACAAGAAAACGAACAGGCCAAAGAUAAUUCCAUCUCCAACGGGGUCGUGGGUUUUUCCCACCGCAAUUACGUUUGAUAAAAGUCACAAGGUUCGCUUAUAUGGUGAAGAGGCCCGGGCCUGCGUACGGACGAGUGCGAGCGCGACGUUGUGCAGUGGAAAGCGCCUUAUUGGCAGGGGUGUUGGUGAGUUGGGCCGCGUACAGUCCCAGCUCCAUAAGACAAAUAUGGUUACGCUUAACGAACGGGGAGAGGUGGCAGUAGAAAUUAUGGGUCGCACCUAUACAGUAACCCAUAUCAUAGCCAUGUUCCUGCGCUAUCUGAAAAAGGAGGCAGAAAAAUUUCUCAAGGAACCGGUGAAUGCCGUUGUAGUGAGUGUUCCUGCAUUCUUCACCCCACAACAGAAGGUAGCGACGGAGGAUGCUGCACUUGCCGCGGGUUUUGAUGUCCUGGAGGUAAUUGACGAGCCAUCCGCCGCUUGUUUGGCUCAUACUGUUUUGCAGCCUAGUAAUGCCUCAUCAAGGGAACAUCUAUCGGGAUCUAAGCGUAUUGUACGUUCGCUGGUGUUUGAUUUGGGCGGUGGCACACUGGACUGUGCUGUGAUGGAAAAUGAUCGGCGACGGGGUACUUUUACACUUGUUGCGACACAUGGUGACCCAUUGCUUGGCGGCAAUGAUUGGGAUGCUGUAUUGUCUCAGCAUUUUUCUGACCAAUUUGAGCGUAAGUGGCGAGUACCUCUGGAGGACGCAGAAGGAAACGUGGGGCAAGGUGUAGCUACGUACCGCCAGCUCCUUCUUGAGGCUGAGAAGGCAAAGAUUCAUUUUACGCACUCAACGGAGCCAUAUUAUGGCUACAAUCGUGCAUUUCACUUUUCAGAGAAGCUUCGUGACAUUGUUCCACUCGAGGCCACGCUCACGCUUGAGGAAUACAUUGAACUAACUCGGCCAUUGAGGGUUCGCUGCGUGGAAUGCCUCAACAAGCUUUUCGACCACACAAGCAUACGUCCAGCAGACAUUGACAAUGUACUACUUGUGGGGGCCAUGACACGUGACCCCCCAAUACGCCAUCUUCUGACAGAGUACUUUGGUCGACAUGUGGAAUCUGAAGCCUCGUGUCCUGCCGACUACGCUGUAGCCAUCGGUGCCGCCGUCCGCGGUGCCAUGCUUCAGGGUGGAUUUGAUGACUUAUUGUCGAACACACGAUUUGUCACGGGGACCGCACAAGCCUUGAAGCAGGGUGGUUUCCUGCGUCGCUGCUGCAAUCGCAUUGGAUCCUUAGUCAGUAGCAGCGUUAAUCCAAAUGCCAUUGGCCAGCGCUGGCGCGGGCGCGCAAAAGGGCUCUCUGAUGAAGAAAUAGCUAACUAUGCAAAGGAGCUUGUUGAGUUUGAGGCAGCGUGCGACCGCCGGCUGCUGCUUGAAAGAGCAGAGAACGACGCAAACUUCGUGAUGCGGCGUGUAACAGCCGAUUCGAGCAAGCGGCAAGGGAUGCAGGAAAAACGUGUGCGGCAGCUAAGUGAACAACUGAAGUUCUGGCAGUAUAUGGUGCACAACUUUCAUGAUCACGAAGACGAGUUACUACGAACGGUACGAGAAUUGGAGCAAGCACUGGAUGAAUUGGAAGGGCUGGCAGAGGAUAACACGUCGGGCCUCACAACCGCAGGGACAGUUGACUUCUCCUCAGUGACCCCUGUGAACCAUUGCGAGGAAGAAGAGCGAGACUGCAGCAGUGUUUCUGCAGCGUCAAGAUCGGCACAGCUUAGGACGGCACAUGGGGACGGAAAGCUGAAGGAGCGCACACAGGACGAGGAGGGGGAGAAACCGAAAGGUCGUAAAAUCAUGAGGCGAGCUGUACCGCUGCCAAGGGCAAGUGCAGAAGCGCAGGAAUUGGUGGAGGCGGGGCAUCCCGCACUGCGAGGUGCCGAUGUUUCCAUGACAGAGUCCACGAGAAGUGCAUUUUUCGAGGCACAGGUGGAGGAACGGGCAUGGCGGGAGCCACCAACACCGCCUGGUGAGCAUGGCUCAUGGCAGGAGGUGAAGCGUGCGGUUGACGCUGGUGAGCCCGUUGGGAGCCCAAUUGGUCUUCAGGAGUUACAGCGCCCAAUGACACAUGAAGAGAUGCUACAGGUACUUAACAAUAUCGCACCCAUUGAUGAUCCGGUGAGCGAGGAGCACGCCAGGAAGAGGGACCACUCCAUUGAUAUGCGAACCAUGACUAUUGUUGAGGGUGCCGUAGAUAUGGUCGCGCUGCAGGAACUACUUGAGGAAGAAGCCAAACGGGCGGAGGAGCUUCAGCGUGCUCAGAAGAAGGGUGAGAAGCAACUUGUAGCCGAUUCAUCAGCCAAACUGUUCGCGAUGGACUAG